AUGGCGCGCGCUGUGGCUCCCUUGGACGACCUGCCGGUUAAUGGCUCCUCGCAAUCGCGGAAAGUCGCCUACUUCUACGACUCUGAUGUGGGAAAUUACGCUUAUGUCGCGGGCCAUCCGAUGAAGCCGCACCGGAUACGGAUGGCGCAUAGUAUAGUCAUGAACUACGGCCUAUACACCAAGAUGGAGAUAUAUCGCGCAAAACCAGCCACAAUGCACGAGAUGACCCAGUUCCACACGGACGAGUACAUCGACUUCCUACGCAAGGUGACGCCGGACAACAUGGACAGCUACGCCAAGGAGCAGGGCAAAUACAACGUCGGCGACGACUGCCCCGUCUUCGACGGCCUCUUCGAGUUCUGUGGUAUCAGCGCUGGCGGCAGCAUGGAGGGCGCCGCGAGGCUGAAUCGCGGCAAGUGCGACGUUGCGGUUAACUGGGCGGGUGGACUGCAUCAUGCGAAGAAGAGCGAGGCGAGCGGGUUUUGCUAUGUUAAUGAUAUCGUCCUAGGCAUCAUCGAACUCCUGCGCUUCAAGUCGCGCGUCCUGUACAUCGACAUUGACGUCCAUCACGGCGACGGCGUGGAGGAAGCUUUCUACACCACCGAUCGUGUCAUGACGUGUUCUUUCCACAAAUACGGCGAAUACUUCCCCGGAACCGGCGAGCUGCGCGAUAUCGGCGUCGGUAACGGAAAGUACUAUUCCGUCAACUUCCCCCUGCGCGACGGCAUCGACGACAAGACCUACAAGAGCGUCUUCGAGCCGGUCAUCAAGGCGGUCAUGGAUUGGUAUAGACCUGAGGCGGUGGUGCUGCAGUGUGGGGGUGAUAGCCUGUCGGGCGACCGGCUGGGUUGCUUCAAUCUCAGCAUGAAGGGCCAUGCGAACUGCGUCAAGUUCGUCAAGAGCUUCAACCUGCCCGUUCUGGUGCUCGGGGGCGGCGGAUACACCAUGCGCAAUGUCGCGCGGACCUGGGCGUACGAGACCGGACAGCUGGUGGGGCAGGAAAUGGGUCCGCAGCUCCCAUACUGCGAUUACUACGAGUACUUCGCCCCCGACUUCGAGCUCGACGUGCGGCCCUCCAACAUGGACAACGCCAACUCCCCUGAAUACCUCGAGAAGAUCAAAAACCAAGUCAUCGAGAACCUACGGCGCACCUCCUUCGCGCCCUCGGUGCAGAUGACAGACGUCCCCCGCCACUCCCUCAUGCCAGGCAUCUCCGAAGACGACGAAGCGGCCCUCGACGAUGAGGAUGAAGACCGCAAUCAGGACGAGAGCUAUACGCAGCGCCAGUGGGACAAACGCAUCACCCGCGACGACGAGCUGAGCGAGAGCGAGGACGAGGAGAUGAACCAGAGGAACGGGGUCAGGAGACAGCCGGGACGGAAGAGGAGGAGGAAUAUCAUGGACUAUCAGAAUCCGCACCCUGCGGCCGAUUUCCCUGGGUCGGGGCUUGAUUCCCCGGCGGCAGGCAGCAGGAACGGGGACGUCGAUAUGGAUGGUGACGGCGAUGGCGACGGUGAUGGCGCUGAUGCCGUGCGUUCGCCAUCAUUACGCUCGAGGCAGUCGAGCGGGACGCCCCGGCCGAAUGGCGAGGAUGAGGUCGAUGGGAGCCCGCGGUCCGAAAGGUCGAGCUCGGAUGGUGCGGGCAGGGCGGAAGACGAAGAAGAGGAAGAAGAAGAAGAAGAGGAGGACGGCGAUGUGGAUAUGGGCGACGAUGAAGCCGCGUCGGGCUCCGAGGCUGCGUCGGAUGGCUCGGAGGCUGGCGAGGAGGAACUACCGCAGCCGCCGCCCAAUGCGCCGAACUCGCAUCCGGAGGCUGUGGCCACGCCGCCGGAGUCGCCUGGUGCUGUGGGUGCGGGUGUGGCUGUUGGCGAGAGCGCGGUGGGCGUGCAGCCGAGUGCAGCCACCGACAUGGAGAUGGAAGACGCGGCUGCGGCGAAGGCGGAGGGUGAGAGGGAGAGGAACGAAGAGGAUGUCAAUGCGGAAGCUGGGGCGGAGCUUGCUGCCCAGGUGCCGUGA